AAUAUGACCCGCCUGUGCUGCGUGUGCGGUCAUGCCCGUGGUCUCGGUCCUUGUAGAACACCACAGGGGAAGUCAAUCAGUGGGGUCUAUUAAGUUUUCCAAUUAAUUCGUGUUCAAGUUCAUCUCCAACAGAAUUAUCCAACUCGCUUUAAACUAGGAACCCCACUGAAAAUGGCGACGGCUCUUCUGAUCAGUUAUUUGUGCUUCUUUCCUCUCCACUUCUCAUAUUCCUCUCCUUUACGUUUGCCCAUCGGAGUUCAUCCUUUAGAUGAGAAGUACUUUGAUAGAAAUGUGAUCAAAUGCAGAGAUGGGUCCAAAUCAUUCACAAGAGACCGUAUCAACGACAAUUUUUGCGACUGCCCCGACGGCACUGACGAGCCUGGUACUUCAGCAUGUCCAGCUGGAAAAUUCUAUUGUAGAAAUAUAGGAAGCACACCACGAUUUUUAUUCUCAUCUCAUGUGAAUGAUAAAAUUUGUGAUUGCUGUGAUGGAAGUGAUGAGUAUGAUGGAACCGUCAUCUGUCCUAAUACUUGUGUCAUGGGUGGGAAUGUAGCUUAUCAGACCAUAAAUUAUGGGUCACUGGCUAGUCGUGCAGGUUCUGGUGAUUCAACGAAACCUAAGCCUAAGAUCAACACCGAGAACUCUACGCAGAAGCUUAUAGGUUUGAAGGUAUUGGUCUUCCUCCAGUUGGCUAUAGUUGUUGUGAUUGCUUUCCGGCUAAUUAUUUGCCGCAAGACUAGAAGAAGAUAUUCACCUUGAAGAAAUUUGUCACCAGCUUACUUCAUCAUGGUAUAUUUUCUUUGACUCUGCUCUUUGAAAUUUGUUUCUGCUUGGAAAAAUUGAAUUCCCUUAGACCUCUCACUUUGCUCUCAUAUAUACUAGAAGAUCUGGACAUGAUGAUAAGAAGAUCACAAUGGAACAGAAACAU